AUGUUGCUGUAUUGUUGGGUCUUAAGAGACAAUAAGUUUUAUGGUCCUGUUGGUAAUAACUUGACAACCAAGCAUCCAUUUCCAAGUUUAAUUAUCUUUGAUGCAUCAGGCAACCAUUUUAGUGGCCUGUUGCCAAAAGACUUCAUUGAGAAUUUCCAAGCCAUGAAGAAUGUUGUUCAUGCUGAAGUGGGAAGAGUUUUGAGUUACAUGAAUAGUCGCUUUUACUCUGCAAUAAGUUAUGAAACUCAAGCAGAGUAUGCUAACUCAUUGAUAGCAACAGUUAAAGGGGUGAGCAGAGCUUACACAAAAAUUCCAGCCAUCUUUGCAUAUAUUGAUUUGUCAGAGAACAAAUUUGAAGGAGAGAUUCCAAAUGUUAUUGGAGAGGUUCAUGCACUCAUAGCACUCAACCUUUCCCAUAACAAACUCAUUGGUUCUAUUCCUCAAUCCGUGGGAUAUUUGACAGAACUUGAAUCAUUGGACCUCUCAUCAAAUAUGCUCACAGGUCGGAUCCCAAAUGAAUUGACCAAUCUAAACUUUCUUGGAUUCUUGAAUCUUUCCAGCAACCAUCUUGUAGGACUAAUACCACGAGGAAAACAGUUUGAUACAUUUCGAGAGGAUUCCUACCAAGGGAACAUGGGGUUAUGUGGAUUUCCGUUGUCAAUACAAUGCAACAAGAACCUUGAAGAAGAACCUUUAUCCUCUGGAACAAAUCAAGCUGAAGAGAAAUUUGGAUUUGGUUGGGAGCCAGUGGCAAUAGGAUAUGUAUAUGGAACUGAGGAGUGCUAG